AUGAGCGAGUCGCGGUCGACGUCGCCGCUUCUAGCAAAAGGAGAAAAAGUUGGAGGAGAAAAUGGCGAAGAAAGCCAUCAAGAAAGCAAGACGUCUUCGACGCAAGCGUUUUUCAACAUUUUUAACGCCAACAUGGGAACAGGCGUUCUCGCUAUGCCAUAUGUUAUCCGUCUGACCGGCUACUGGGGAGUCAUUUUGAUCAUCAUUAUCGCUUUGCUUGGCAACUACACGGGUAAACUUCUUAUCUACUGUCUCCGAGAAGACACUGCCUAUGAAGAUCUCUCCAAGUCAACGUAUGCUGAUCUGGGCGAGGCAUUCUGGCCGCGUUAUGGGCGUGUUAUGGUUCACAUCACCAACUUCUUUGAGCAGUUCUCGCACUGCACGCUGUUUUUGAUCAUGUGCGGCACGGUUCUCCAUCAUACGUUCCCCGACAGCUUCGUGUCUGAAAGCGUCUGGAUCGCAGUGGUCUCCAUCGCCGUGCUACCGUGCGCCGGCGUGCGCACGAUGAAGCAUAUCUCAUGGAUCAGCUUGCUAACCGUCAUCGUAGCAAUAGUUAGUUCGACUUGCGUUUUGGUUUACGCGUUGGCUCACUUUCACCAAUGGAGAACCCACGAUUUGGCACCGUUCAGGUUCAAGGAAAUGUCUAUCGCCAUGGGAAUCAUAGUCGUGACCUACUCCUCGCAGGCUUAUUUACCCAUCAUCGAGAAAUCCAUGCGAUACCAAGGUGAAUUUAACGCCAUCAUGGACUUUACCUACACGCUUGUUACAAUAAUCAAGUUCAACUAUGGCAUCUUGGUGUUCUUCUGCUUCCGCGAGCACACAGAACAGAUCAUGACUCUGAGUAUCCCAGACGGCGCUUUCCGCAUUACUCUCUCCCUAGCUGUAAUAGUCACAGCUCUUCUCUUCUAUGUCGUUCCAAUGUUUACGCUUUACGACAUAUUUGAACAUCAACUUGACAUUCAGUUGUUUGCUGAACUGAAAGACGAACCUUUACGUUGCAACAAAAAUUCCAUGCCCAAACUUGUUUUUAGGUUUGUAUUCAUCCUCCUUUCUACCCUUGUAGCUAUUUUUGUACCCCAUUUUGGUUUGUUAAUGGCGUGGGUCGGUAGCUUUACCGGCACGAUUUUAGUGUUAAUUUAUCCAUGCCUUUUCCAUGUAAAGCUUCAUUAUCCGACCAUGCCAUGGUAUCAUAUAUUAUUUGAUCUAUCCAUAGCACUCUUCGGUCUCGUUGGGUGUGUUUGUGGGGUAGUAUUUUCUUCGAUUCAAAUCGCAAAAGAGUAUGACUUUUACAGGAUGUGGGGAAUAGAACCGGAUGAUGAGUAA